CAACACCGCCUUCCAUUAGUCACAGCACGGGGUGAGGGUAUUUUUGAAAUACAUCUAAUGUUGUUCUCUUUUCUUAUUUGUACUUUUCUAGCCUCUCCUCUCUGCCCAUCACGCUCGCGGGCUCGCAGCUCUUUUCUUCUCCAGUUCUUCUUGUUUCUUUUUUGCCUUCUUCCUAUUCACCCCCCCCCGGGGUAUAUUUUUUGGCCUUUUUACCAAUCCUAAAGUGUGUCGCGUACUGCUUGCUCUGGCUUGUGCCUUCCCUUUAUAUGCGUGAAAAAACAAAUUAAAAAAUCAGUAACCUUUUUUUUUUAAAAAAAGAAUUUGUUUGAAUCGCUUCCACUUUUAAUUGAGCAGUGUUCGUUCGGGUUUUGAUUGAGUUGCAGAUUUCCCCCCCCUCUUCCUGUUCUUCCUCUCUGGUUGCAGAUUUUUUUGUUCCUCUUUCUGUCCUUCCUCUCUAAGGGGAUAAUAUCGUCUCUUGCUGCGGAUUCGGUUGGGACUCAGUAUUUGUCAUGGAUUCUCCGUGCUGUUUCUGAGCAUUGUUGAAGGAUUAGUAGCUGAAUUGCUGGCUACUAAAUCUCUUCAUUUCAGUGGAUGUUUCUGGUUUUUAUGAAACAUGAGCCAAGAUAACGAAGAGAGAAGAAGAAAAGCAAUGGAGACCCUAUCUUUGCAAAUAGAUAAAUAUCCAAGGGAUCUGCUCCGAACAUUCAUGUCUAGGGACAAUACUCAACAAUCCGAAAGCCCAGAGCCUGAGAGUGGUUCGGAAGAGAUUGAGCUGAAUCUUGGCCUUUCGCUUGGUGGUCGAUUUGGUGUUGAUAAGCAUGCUAAGAAGUUAGGGCGAUCAUCGUCUAUCGUCGGAACAAUGCCUCUUGUGAGAGAGAACGAGUCCACAACCCCACCGACGCCGUCGUAUCCAGGCCUUUUGAGGACGUCUUCGCUCCCGACGGAGACGGAGGAGGAGUGGAGGAAGAGGAAGGAGUUGCAGAUGUUAAGGCGAAUGGAGGCGAAGAGAAGACGGUCUGAGAAGCAGAGGAGCUCUAGGAUGGAGAGAGACGGUGGCGAAGGACGGACUGAAAUGGAGGCCCCAAAGGGAAGUGAUUGGGCCUUUGGGCUGCCCAGCUGGGCUGCGGCAGCGUCAAGGCAAGUGGUUCUUAGUGAUGUGUUGGCCCAAGGAAAAGCCCAUGGGCCAUUGGGUGGGACUUCUGGCUUCAACGGGGGAAGCUCGUCGUCGGGAAUGACAGAAAUGGAAGGCAAACCAUCUCAAGGAUCAAGUAAUUGUGCCGAAGCAAGAAGCCCUGCCUGUAAUCAGAUGGUGCAGGAAAGAAGCAAUCAGGAUGCUGGGGGUUCCUCUGGGACAAAGUCAAAUGAGAAUAUGAUCAAAACACCCAGUGAGGUGGAGAACCCAUCAAGAAGACCUGGCCAAAACAGAGGUAGGGAAACUGGAUCAAAUGCAAUGGAAGACAUGCCUUGUGUUUUCACACAAGGGACUGGCCCUAAUGGGAAAAGAAUUGAGGGAAUAUUGUACAGAUAUGGUAGAGGUCAGGAAGUGAGAAUUAUGUGUGUAUGCCAUGGAAAUUUUCUCUCUCCAGCAGAGUUUGUGAAGCAUGCUGGUGGUGGUGAUGUUGCUCAUCCGCUUAGGCACAUAGUUGUAAACCCUUCCUCUACUCCCUAUUUGUAAUAUAUGAUAUAUUUAUUGAGUAAAUUAUUUCAAUCAGAUAGCGUCUUUUCUCGUGUCAA